AUGUCUGCACCGAACGCAGGUCGCCAGUCGCCAGAGCCCGAAACCCAGACCAAUGCUCAACAAGGACAACCUCAACCUGGCAGUGGAAAGAUCGACGAAUCUAAGUCCAAGGAUGAAGGCAAAGAAAACCAGCUCGAUGGCUUGACAAGCAACCCGACCCAUAUCCUCGAAAAGCACUCUGAAGCCACGACGAGCAAAACCACUUGA